ACCGAGCUCAGGCCCCAGCUCGAUCCCGGCUCCCACCCCGCCACUGACAUCCGUGGGCACCAGCAGUAGCGGCCGCUGGAGCAAGGCCUACGACGUCUGCGUGUGCCACAGCGAGCAGGACCUGGUGGCCGCACAGGAGCUGGUCUCCUACCUGGAGGGCGGCGCUGCCAGCCUGCGCUGCUUCCUGCAGCUGCGGGAUGCGGCCCCAGGGGGCGCCAUCGUUUCUGAGCUGUGCCAGGCGCUGAGUGGCAGUCAUUGCCGUGUGCUGCUCAUCACCCCUGGCUUCCUUGGGGACCCCUGGUGCAAGUACCAGAUGCUGCAGGCCCUGACCGAGGCCCCUGGGGCAGAGGGCUGCACCAUCCCCCUGCUGUUCGGCCUGAGCAGAGCUGCCUACCCGCCUGAGCUCCGGUUCAUGUACUACGUGGACGGCAGGGGCCCCGAGCACGGCUUUCCCCAAGUCAAGGAAGCCAUCCUGCGCUAUCUGCAGACCCUCAGCUGAUGCUGCCCACGGAUGAGACCGAGAGCUGGCGGAACUGCACACAGCGCAUGCAGCCCUUGGGCCCCAGCAGGUGGCAGGAGGCGGGCCCGCAGUCCACAGCACUCUGGCAUGUCCAGCCAUGAGACCACUUCCACUGCUGUGGGCUCCCCAAGGAGAAUGCAGGGAAGCUGGGGACUGCUGGAGGAGCUCGCAAGGAGAUCAAGGAUCCCCCACCCCAGGAUGGCCGGGAGGAGGAGCCCGGAGCCCGGAGGUGGUGCUGGUGCCAGGAUCCCCACCCUGUUUUGCCUCCGACCUGACUGGACAGGAAGCUGGCACACAGCUAGGAGUCAGGCAUGUGUGCUGUUCCCACUGUCUGGGAAGCCUGGGGAAAGGAGCGAGGAGGAAGAAGCAGGUCCAAGCCCUGGCUACCCACACUACCACUGCUGCCCUGCCUCCCCCGAGCUGCCGAAGCCCUCACACUGCACGCCCGUUUACUGCAUGGUGUCGUGGAGACCAAGCAUGGGUGCAUACUCCCCAGACAGCCUGGGCAGUGUGGGGCGAAGAAGGCAGGCAGGCGUGGCUCAGCCCUUGCCUGGCGCAGAAGCCCGGUGAUGCCGAGAUGGCUGGGCCUCGGGGGAGUGGGGAGGCUGGAGCUGGUGCCUUCCCUCUGGGGCGGGAGUCAGCACGUCCCUCUCCAGGCGACGGCCCGAAGGUUCCAAGCAUCUGCCCUCAGUGUUGCUGAAAUGACGGUUUUCCGAGUAUGCUUGUGCCUCUUCUAGCAUAUUCCUUCUUAAAAUGAAAACAAUUCUUUUUAAAGGAUCCGGCACACUCAUGGCCCUGCCGCCCGGCUGCGGCUGCACACGCGACUCCGCAGUGGUCCCUGUGCCCUGAACGACACCCCCCACCCAGGUUCCGGACUCCCCGUCCUCAGCUCUCUGGAGGGCACUGCGCACCCCCCAAGUGCUGCCUUGCUGAGUGUCCCGAUGCUGCCCUCCUCAGCAUCCUCGGUUGGCCCUGCGGGGACACUCGCCCACUCCCGUGUGGGCACUGGCUCACUGUCCUGUUCCGCGGCCCCCGCCAUUCAGUCUUCUGCUCUCGCUUCUAUGAAUGGCAUCGGCUCUCCGCCAUGCACUGUAAAGAGCGCUGGGGGGAGACCUGGGAUCCAGGCGAAAUAGAGAACGGCCGGGCGGCAAGCGUACACCUUCGGUUUUCCUAGAAGAUGCCGAAGUCCCUUCCAGACAGGCUGUGCAAUCUGUUCCUUACACGUGUGUUUUGGGGUUCCCACUUGGGGGGCCUCCGUGGUGGGGCAGUGGUGAUGCAGCUAGACCCACAUGGUAAAGGUCAUGGGUUUGCCUCCAGCUCCUGUGUGAGCACAUGAAGGCGGCAGCUGCAUGCAGUCCCAGCACACACGUGUGCCCAUGACCUGGGCCAGCUGGGACUGCCAGGGGCAGGCACACAGACCCUGUUGCCCCCAUCUUUCUCUCUCGUGGAAGAGAAAAAUAAACUUAACAACCAAAAGAGAGCUCCUACUUUUUCAUGUUCUUGCCAAUACCCAAGAAUGGUCAGUGAAAACAGGUCCCGUGCGGGCACCAGCUCUUCUCGUUCACCGUGCAGAACGGCAGCAUAGACUGCUCGGAGGCCUGGCCACGGGAUGCUGUGAGGGUGCCGUACCUGCAGGCCGGGGUGCUGUGGGAGGCCCAGGUUGGCUUCCUCGUCCAGCCUGGCAGCACGGGCCUGUGAUCCCAGAGCCCGGAGGCCAAGGCAGGACUGCGGGCUUCAGGCCGCCCGGUGAUGCCGUGAGGCUCCGUCUGAAAUGCUGGAACCAUACAGCACAGCGGCAAGGCCGCCCUGUCUGCCAUCCUAGCCAGCUGGGCCAGGGUGAGUCGUGACGGGGAGACCUUCCUGGGGUAGCUGUCUCUGUCUCUUCCUUCUCUUAUAAAAUAAAUAAACUUACAAAAAACAAAAGCAGGCAUGGCGGUACCUGCACGUAGUCCCAGCUGAGAGGCUGAGGAGCUGAGUUGGCGAGACC